AUGCUAUUAUUCCUGAAGCUGUUCCUGGAGAGUGCAGAGACACACUUCAUGGUGGGACAUAGGGUGAACUACUACAUCUUCACCCACCAACCAGGUCACGUUCUGUACAUCAAGCUCCAAGAUGGAUGGCGGAUGGUCAUCCUCCAGGUCCGGAGCUAUGCCCACUGGCAGGACAUCACCAUGCACCUCAUGGAGGUGAUCAGAAACUUUCCCCAGCAGCACUUCCUCAGAGAGGUGGAUUAUCUUGUGUGCGCAGAUGUGGACAUGAAGUUCAGUGACCACGUGGGUGUGGAGAUCCUCUCUUCCCUGUUUGCUACCAUCCAUCCUGGUUUCUAUAGGUUCCAUUGGGACACCUUUGCCUAUGAACACCAGCCUCAGUCCCAAGCUCAUAUUCCUGAUGGUAAAGGGGACUUUUAUUACACAGGGGCCUUAUUUGGUGGAUCUGUGCUGAAGGUUUACAGGCUCACCACGGCCUGUCACCAGGUGAUGACGAUCGAGCAAGCCAACCACAUCGAGGCCCCGUGGGAUGACGAAAGCCACUUAAACAAGUACCUGCUUAACCACAAACCCACCAAGGUCCUCUCUCCUGAGUACAUGUGGGAUAAAAAGUCGAUGGAGUGUAUGUUGGAUGAACAUCUGCUGGGUUCGCGCACUAUGAUAACGCGCAAGAGAUCUGUGGUCUUGGUAAAGAACAAUGAGGAAAUGCGGACUGAUGAGGGAAGCUUCCAGAAAGAGACCAGAGAGGGGGUGAUUGCCAGUCAGCCCUAAUCUUCCUCCUGGCAUGCUACCCUGAGUUAAAGUCAGUUUUACAUUAAAAAGUAUG